AUGGCGCAGGGUCAAAACACGAGCAGCCUGCCCAACGCCUCGAACUCGCUGCCAGCGAUGUAUUCUCUGGCGGAAAAAAUCACCUCCCCGUUUGGCAAGCGGCUGUUGGAGCAAGCGAAGAUGAAUUUGGUGCCAGAAGACACAAGUCUGCGAGUCUUGGACUGCGCCUGCGGCAUCGGCAUUAUUUCCGCCCAUCUGAUGGACAUGCUUGCACACGGCGCGCGGAAAAACAUGGCGUUAACGUGUCUUGACGCCUCCGAGCCACAGAUCGCCUACCUGAGGCAACGCGUCGCCGAGGAGGGGUGGGAGAACGUGACUGUGGUUUUGGAGGACGCACAAGUAGGAGCCCUUGCCUCUAUUUCCGCGUCCAUCCCGUUGUCUUCCGGUCGUGAAAUGCCUAACUUCCCAUCUCCACCAAAGGACACGAAACUUCCGUCGGCAUCACUCUCUCACAUCUUCAUAAACAUCGGGCCCACCUUCUUCCGCAGUCCAAGCGCUGCAAUGAAAGAAUGUCGUCGUCUACUUCAGCGAGGAGGCGUUGUGGGCGUUUCGGUGUGGAAGGGUGUCGGCUGGCGGGAGGAUAUGGAGGCUGCCAUCCAGUCUCUAGAUGAUGAGCUGCCUUUCCCCACACUCGAACAGCUGCUUCGCAUCCACACAAGUGAGCUAGGAUGGGAGAACACAGAGGCGUUGAAGAAAACGAUGCAAAAGGACGGAUUUGUAGAUGUUCAGGUUACGGAGAUGGCCGAGAAGAGCAUAUUAGCGGAUGUGGAGGAAUACAUGCUGAUGCACUCUGCCGUUAUGGGCCUGAUCAUGAGAUUCUGGACCUUGGAACAGAGAGAAAGCUGGGAGACCAAGGCGUCCGAGUCUAUAGAGAAGUACAUGAGACUCAAGUAUGGGUCCAGGCCUAUCCCUUGGACGUGGGAGGCACUUUUAGCCACGGCGCAGACACCGGCUUGA